AUGGCCUACCUCCUCUGCGAAGACUCUACAAGUGUCAACACUCUCGACCUGCAUCCUUCUGGGGUCCUGCUGGGUGUGUACAACCUGACUGGCAGGAACCCCAGUAAAGUGACUCGAUCGCUUAGUCAAAUUAUCUGCCAUCCUGAAUACAAUGAGUAUACUGUUGAUAAUGACAUCUGCCUUCUGAAGCUGUCAGCUCCAGUGAAUUUUACAGAUAACAUAAAACCGAUCUGCCUAGCAUCAGCAGACAGCACUUUUAAUGAUGGUCUUAACAUCUGGGUCACUGGUUUUGGUACGACUGGUUCUGGAUCACUAUCCAACACUUUGCAAGAAGUAAAGGUACCAAUAGUAGGCAACAAUAAGUGCUUGUGCUACUUACAGGGCUUCUCUAAGAUCACAGAGAACAUGAUGUGUGCUGGACUUAAAAAUGGAGGCAAGGAUUCAUGUCAGGGAGACUCAGGGGGACCACUGAUGACACAAAAUGGUUUUACAUGGGUCCAGGCAGGAAUUGUUAGUUUCGGUGAUGGUUGUGCCCUCCCAAACAGACCAGGAGUCUACACUCGGGUGUCCCAGUACCAGAAGUGGAUCGGUGACACCGUCAGCGGAAUGAAGCCGGGCUUUAUUACCUUCACUUCUCCAGACGUCGACGACGACAUGUUCUUCACCUGCCCGACCUCCAGCCACGCAGACCCUUUUGACGAUAGCGUGUUCAGUAGUGGUGAAAACCUGAGCCCCGCCAUUCAGCCUCUCACUCUCUCAGGUUUUGCUCUUUUUCUUCAUGUCUUUCUCAGCAGUGGUGGAAUGUAAAGCAGUAACUCAAGUGAUGUGCACGUAUAAAAGAAGCUUUUCUUUCAUUACUGGAGUUUUUUUUACCUAAUAUAUAUUUAAAACUAAAAUCUAAGCGUUUAUGGUAUUCAUUCUAAUCAAACUAUAUUUAGAAAUGUGACCCGGUCAAAUAUUGGGACUGCAUGUCGGCUGAUUUUAUUCCCUAUCUGUCAUUAUUUGUUGUGCUUUAAAUCAUUUUGAAAUCUUC